AUGGGCAAUUAUGGCUCCAUGAAGUUAGAAAUGUUGGCUUUGAAAUGGGCCGUAACCGACAAGUUCCGCAGUUAUCUGUUAGGAAGCAACUUCACCAUUUAUACUGACAAUAAUCCCCUGAAAUAUCUUCAAACGGCAAAACUUGGAGCCGUAGAACAACGAUGGGCUUCGCAGUUGGCAUCUUUCAAAUUUGACAUUGUUUAUCGCUCGGGAAAAUCGAAUGCUAAUGCCGACGCAUUGUCGCCCCUCCCUCACCAUGAUUGCCCAGACAAACUUUCGUCGGUGGUGGAAGUAACGAAUACCUUGGCUCAUUCCUCCAAUACAACAGCCUUCCCACCCCACCUAGCUACUGCCACUUUGGAAAAAAGUGCAAACAUAACCCUUGAAGGUCCUCAGCAAACGUUUGUGGCAAACAACGCUAUCAACACAGAACAUAACGUACCUAAGUCAGGAACGAAGUCAUUUCCAAGUUACUCCAAGUCCGAGUUAAUGCAGAUGCAACAAAGUGAUCCAACGAUAAGCGCACUCCUGAAAUUUUGGACAGUUGGUAGGAAACCCGAUGCAAAGGAGAAGAAAGAUCUCACUAUUGGUACCCGUGUCUUGUUGCAGCAAUGGAAACGGUUAGAACUGAAGGACGGAGUAUUGUACCGAACGAUUAUUGAUCCACAACAGCAGGAGGUACAACAGUUGGUGCUACCUGAGAUUCUAAAGGAGAGAGUAAUUCGCAGUCUUCACAACGACAUGGGACAUCAGGGCUUAGAGAGAACUAUUCUUCUAGCUAGAUCUCGAUGCUACUGGCCAGGUAUGUACACAGAUGUCGAGAAAUGGAUCAAGUCUUGUGAACGAUGUGUUUUGUCCAAGAUGCCACAACCGCGUAUUCGAACACCAAUGGGGCACCUUAUUACCGAAAAACCCCUGUCAGUUCUUGCCAUUGAUUUUACGUUGUUGGAACGUUCGAGUGAUGGAAAAGAAAAUGUACUGGUAAUGACUGACGUUUUCACUAAGUUUUCGUUAGCAGUACCCACGAAAGAUCAAAAAGCAUCCACAGUUGCCAAAGUGCUUGUCAAGGAGUGGUUUCAAAAGUAUGGCACACCGGAACGGAUCCAUUCGGACCAAGGCAGGAAUUUCGAGAGUGCAAUCAUUCAGGAACUGUGUCGAAUUUAUGGUAUAAAGAAGAGCCGCACAACACCUUACCACCCACAAGGCAACGCACAAUGUGAAAGGUUUAACCGCACACUUCAUGAUUUGCUUAAGAGCUUGCCUCCUCAAAAGAAACGUCGAUGGACCGAGUACCUUCCUGAGCUACUGUAUGCCUACAACUGUACCCCGCAUGGUACAACCGGUUACAGCCCAUAUCAUCUUCUUUUCGGGAGAUCACCAAGGUUACCAGUUGACUUACUCCUCGGAGAAGAAGAGGAUGAACCUCAGAAACAGUCUGCGAAUGAGUGGCUUACUAAACAUCAAACCCGCCUACGGUACGCUUGGGAAAAAGCAGGGGAACAUAUACGCGAGUCAGCAGAGAAGAGAAAGCAAAGAAACGAUUCAAAGGUGUAUGCGCCAGAUAUCAAAGUUGGGGAGUUAGUGUAACUACGAAAAAGAGCUUUGGGGCGAAACAAGAUCCAAGAUGCAUGGGAACCUACCAUGUUUAUCGUGACUGAAGUACCGACCAAAGAUGGUGGACCAUAUACUGUCGUACCCUAUAGUGGUCGAGGUGCCCCAAAGAAAGUCAGUCGUGUUGAACUACAACCAUGCCCCAUUAAGAGUGACCCUCCUCAACCGACACAACCAACGACGAUUAAAAGCGUUCCCAACCGAGCCAUUCAUGAAGAUACGUCCUCAACUGACACCGAAUCGGAGUUCAUGUUGCUCGUUAAUACCCCUUCGUUACCCAGAAAGCAUCACAUAUCCACUUCCAAAGGCGAACAAAUUCAAGCAACUCCAGACAAUGAUCCAGCGACAACUCUCCGAAGAUCGAAACGGAUAGCGGCGAAAAGACAGAACACUCACCAAAGCAAAUCAAAUCCAACAUGCAAUCAACUGACGGUAUCGUAUCGAGACUUUAAUGUUUAUGUCCUAGUUAUAUGUGUGCUUAUAACUGGCAUUUCCGUGAUCUCUGCAGUUAUAUA